CGAAAGUCAGGCCUGGGAAGUGGCACAGCUUUUCUGAUUUCCUCCUCAUCAGGGACCAGUUUUUCUGAUUUCCUCCUCAUCGGGAGUUUUUCCGCCCUGGACCAGGGGUGCAAACGAGUUCAGGGCCGCCUUGAAAUCGCAAGACCCCUCUCCAAGGACACUGAAGGCCCAGGGUUACAGAAAACCUAAAGGAGCGAUCAUCGAGGGAGGAACUGAAGUUUAAAGACAGCCGUGGCUUUAAUCAGCGUGGUAGGGAGUAGUCGGACGCUCCCGGUUUUGGUUUCCCCAAGAGAAAGGGAGAAGAAGAUGCGAUAGUUUUCCUCCUGGGGAAAGCUUCGCAGUGGAUGCGGUCGGUGAAGAUCCAAAGACCCCGCAGGCCCCACAUCACUGAUCCAGGCCCUCUGCUGCACCUCCUGCUCUCCUGCUGCUGCUAAUCCAGCCGUUCCGUCGCUCUCAGCACAUCUGUCACCAAGGCUGAGGCAAGAAUUGAAGGGGCCUCCGAGGUGUGGAUGAGUGGGACAGCAUGACCGCAGAGGAUUCCGCCACGAUGAUGAACACCGAGUCUUCCGGCAUGGCGGCGGCGGCGGCGGCGGGCAAAGUGCCCGAGGGGGUGGCCGGGGCCCCGAACGAGGCGGCCCUGCUGGCCCUCAUGGAGCGCACGGGCUACAGCAUGCUUCAGGAGAACGGCCAGCGCAAAUACGGGGGCCCGCCCCCCGGCUGGGAGGGGCUGCACCCGCCCCGCGGCUGCGAGGUCUUCGUGGGCAAGAUCCCCCGGGACGUGUACGAGGACGAGCUGGUUCCCGUGUUCGAGUCCGUCGGGCGCAUCUACGAGAUGCGCCUCAUGAUGGACUUCGACGGCAAGAACCGCGGCUACGCCUUUGUCACGUACACGCACAAGCACGAAGCCAAGCGGGCCGUGCGGGAGCUGAACAACUACGAGGUGCGGCCGGGCCGCCUGCUGGGCGUGUGCUGCAGCGUGGACAACUGCAGGCUCUUCAUCGGGGGCAUCCCCAAGAUGAAGAAGCGGGAAGAGAUCCUGGAGGAGAUCUCCAAGGUGACCGAGGGCGUGCUGGACGUCAUCGUCUACGCCAGCGCGGCGGACAAGAUGAAGAACCGCGGCUUCGCCUUCGUGGAGUACGAGAGCCACCGGGCGGCCGCCAUGGCCCGCCGGAAGCUGAUGCCCGGCCGGAUCCAGCUGUGGGGCCACCAGAUCGCCGUGGACUGGGCCGAGCCGGAGAUCGACGUGGACGAGGACGUCAUGGAGACCGUCAAGAUCCUGUACGUGCGGAACCUGAUGAUCGAGACGACGGAGGAGGCCAUCAAGAAGAGCUUCGGCCAGUUCAACCCCGGCUGCGUGGAGCGCGUCAAGAAGAUCCGCGACUACGCCUUCGUGCACUUCGUCAGCCGGGAGGACGCCGUCCGGGCCAUGAACAGCCUCAACGGCACCGAGCUGGAGGGCUCCUGCCUGGAGGUCACGCUGGCCAAGCCGGUUGACAAGGAGCAGUAUACUCGCUACCAGAAGGCAGCCAAAGGGGGUGCCGCCUCUGAGGUGACCACUCAGCAGCCCAACUAUGUUUACCCGUGUGACCCCUACACCCUGGCAUACUACGGCUACCCCUACAGUGCCCUUGUUGGGCCCAACCGAGAUUACUUUGUCAAAGCAGGCAGCGUGCGGGGCCGAGGUCGAGGAGCGGCCGGCAGCAGAGCCCCGGGCCCCAGGGGCUCCUACCUGGGGGGCUACUCAGCUGGACGUGGCAUCUACAGCCGCUACCACGAGGGGAAGGGAAAGCAGCAGGAUAAAGGCUACGAGCUGGUCCCCAGUUUGGAAUUGUCCGCCGUCAACCCCGUGGCCAUCAAACCUGGGACAGUGGCCAUUCCUGCCAUCGGGGCCCAGUACUCCAUGUUCCAGCCGGCCCCAGCUCCCAAGAUGCUGGAGGACGGCAAAAUCCACACCAUGGAGCACAUGCUCAACCCCAUUACCGUGCAGCCCGAUGCUGCUGUCGCCGCCGCUGCUGCCGUCCUUCCGGCCGUCUCCACACCUCCCCCGUUCCAGGGCCGUCCGAUCACCCCGGUGUACACCAUGGCCCCAAACGUCCAGAGAAUUCCUACUGCUGGCAUCUACGGGGCCAGUUACGUCCCAUUCGCCGCCCCGGCCGCUGCCACGGCCACAAUAGCCACCCUGCAGAAAAACGCGGCAGCGGUGUAUGGGGGUUACGCCGGCUACAUGUCGCAGGCGUUUCCCGCGGCGACCAUCCAGGUGCCCAUCCACGACGUGUACCAGACAUACUAAUGCCCGGCCCCCGCUGGAACCGAGCCCCGAAGGAACUUUUACUAUUUAUGAAGAACAACUCUACUGCAACAGCCCUCUUGGAACUUAGUGAAUAUAGAAACCCCUGAGCGUGGAGAAUGUUAGCAGAUGAUCUCUUGAAAUAUUUUAUACAUAUGAAGUUUUCACUCAUUUUUUUUAGAGUCUUUGAAAAGUGGCAGGCCUGUAUUCACGCAAUUCUAAGAGACUUACAUGGGUUUUACUCUACCACCUCUAGAAAUCGGGAUGCAGUAGCAGGUUGUAUAGGUUUUCUAGCAAUUAUAUUUUCAAUAUAUUUGUGGUAUGAAGGUUAUUUUCUUAACUUCUGCACUCCAGAGAUUUCUAUUUUGCAGUGCCUUUAAAACUACAUCAACUUUCUAUUAGAAAGCACGACUGAGCAGAUAGGGAAAGUUCAAACGAUAUAUUUUGAUAUCUGUUCAGUGGUUUUUGUUUUGUUUUGUUUUAAACCACUAAUUGUGCUUUGAAAAGCCCUCAAGUCCUUUUUUUUAAAGAGUCCUGCCGCAAACUGCAGUGUAGGCAGACUGGCAUUGUCCUGGUUUGACAGUGAUCAGGAAAGAAGUGAAACAUCCAAAUGAUUUUAUUACUUGGGAGUGAGAACACUAAUAGUUCUCUUAUUCCCCAUUCAAGGAUUAUGCUGCUCUGCCCUCUCUCAUCCCGGCUCUGCCCCCCAGCUACCCCCCACGAUCGUCCGUAACCACCUCUUUGCUCCUACGAGCAUCACCUCUCUAUCCCCUCCCUUACCCUUCCCAUUCCUGCUCUCUGCCCUGCCUCAACUUCCCCCUCUCUUCCCCCCAUGACUAUCCCCGACCCACAUCUUCCCCCUUCUCCUACCCUGGACUUUCCCCUCUUCAAACUGGCCCUGGCACCACCUUGGCUCUUCUGGUAUCAUGUAAGUUACUUUAAAUAACAGAGGAGUUGUUGGCUUUAGGAUCACCACCGAUUUGAUGAUGCUUUCUAUAGCGUCUCGUGGGGUUAGAGUGUAAAUCCGAUCCAGCCUGGACCAAAUAACUGGUUUAGAGUUCCCCCAGGAGAGACGAACCUCCCUCCCCAAGACCUCCUUACUGAACCAACUUGGGCGUGGAAGUCGUAGUGGGACCGUAGUUGAUGCGUCCGAUGACAAAAGCGGCCUCGUCAACCUCCCGACUUCCUCGUGGCUUCGGGCAAUAUCCCCUCAGCAGUUACAGGGUUGGAGCUUCGGAAAUACCCUCCGAGCGUAGACUGCAGCCUGCCUUCCGGGAAGACUUUAGAAGUCCUGUUUGUAAAUAUCUUUGAAUACACCGUUUUUUAAGGCAUUCUGUGUUAAAAGUACAAGGUAUGUGGUUUGCCACAAAGUGAAAUCAUUGAAUUUGGACGUGGUUCAGCAGGUUUGCUUUCUUAGGAGGGAAAUAGGAUUGCAGUGUUCUGUGGCCUGUUUCAAGGCCUGUUUAGAGUAGUGAAAUGUACGAUUCUCACCCACUGGACCAACUCAGGCCAAGCAAUCUGUGUAGACAGUGAGGUGCACCCUAGGGAUUGAGCUGGCAACUUCGGGUCCCGUCGGGAUUUAACCAGAUCCCGGGUUUCUUCCCCAAACUGGGGGCUGAAGGGAAUGUCUGUGUGCGGAUGUGGACUGAGAGCAGGGUCGAGUCCUUAGCAAAUAUUUUAGAUUUUGUUGAAAGAUUAUAAAUUAAGAGAUUUACUUACCCAAAUUCUUACCUUCUCACCUUUUAUAAGGGAGGGUUUUUUAUAUAGUAAGCAAUAUUUAUUUAACUGUUCUUUAAGAUAAUUAAGAGCCUCUGAGGCCUUUAAACAUACCUUGUCCACCACCCCAAGAACCUUCGGUGGCCUCGAGAAGUUGUGCAAUGUUCCUGGAAAAGCCCAGGGAGACGCAUCCCCGGUGAGUCGGUGCUUAAUUUCCAGAGGGGGCCGAGCCCUGGUACUCGCGUUCGGGCCUCGGACGUCUGGGGUGUUGGCUAUGGGGACGAGGGGGUGGCCAUUUUUCCCCGUCAAGGACCGCUGGAGCCGUUAAGCGGCGGCCUGUCCAACCUUAGGACCCGGGGGCUGGACCUUUCCCAGGGUGACCCUGGGAGGAGCCGCUGCCGCUGGACAGGAUGCUCCCGGCCCUUUUUGUAUCGUACGUACGUGGGCGUAGCAUCUGUGAGGCCAGGAUCCCGCCCUGGCCGAUUGCCAAACUACCUUAACCUAGCACUGGGGAAGGGGAAACCCCCCACCCCCCGCACCCUCCUCUUUUCCCUCCCCUGGGGCCAGGGCCUCCCUGCCCUCCUGCCCUGUUGUUUCAGAACCAUUUCAUGUACACUACUGAGGUAAGUUAUAACUGGAAAUGUGAACGCUUUAUUUUUUUAGGUUAAGAACAAACUGUACACACACACACGAGAAAGACUCUUUUGUGUGCCCUGUUUUCAAACGCUGAUACUCUAGCUCUUCUCUUUUCUCUAGUUUGGUUCUGUCUCUGCGGAAAGCUUUAAAAUGGAUUUAGGUCUUCCUCUUAGCGAGUAGGAAAUAAAGCAUUGUCCAAAAAACC